GUAUGGUAGAAUAUCUGCAGAAUCGCCAGUCCGAGGACAUCACUGAGAGGAUGAGGUCCAAGGAGAAGAGUCAAGAGAGCCACGACGAGGAGGAUGGAGUAGAAUCUUUCAAAUCCAAAGGCAAAAAAACAAGAGAAUAAAACAAGGUGGGUGAAAAGAGAAAACAUUCACCGGGUCAUACAACCUGCAUUAUGAACCGUUAGGAAUAAUGUGGCUACGCUGUAAACAUUCACCGGGUCAUACAACCUGCAUUAUGAACCGUUAGGAAUAAUGUGGCUACGCUGUAAACAUUCACCGGGUCAUACAACCUGCAUUAUGAACCGUUAGGAAUAAUGUGGCUACGCUGUAAACAUUCACCGGGUCAUACAACCUGCAUUAUGAACCGUUAGGAAUAAUGUGGCUACGCUGUAAACAUUCACCGGGUCAUACAACCUGCAUUAUGAACCGUUAGGAAUAAUGUGGCUACGCUGUAAACAUUCACCGGGUCAUACAACCUGCAUUAUGAACCGUUAGGAAUAAUGUGGCUACGCUGUAAACAUUCACCGGGUCAUACAACCUGCAUUAUGAACCGUUAGGAAUAAUGUGGCUACGCUGUAAACAUUCACCGGGUCAUACAACCUGCAUUAUGAACCGUUAGGAAUAAUGUGGCUACGCUGUAAACAUUCACCGGGUCAUACAACCUGCAUUAUGAACCGUUAGGAAUAAUGUGGCUACGCUGUAAACAUUCACCGGGUCAUACAACCUGCAUUAUGAACCGUUAGGAAUAAUGUGGCUACGCUGUAAACAUUCACCGGGUCAUACAACCUGCAUUAUGAACCGUUAGGAAUAAUGUGGCUACGCUGUAAACAUUCACCGGGUCAUACAACCUGCAUUAUGAACCGUUAGGAAUAAUGUGGCUACGCUGUAAACAUUCACCGGGUCAUACAACCUGCAUUAUGAACCGUUAGGAAUAAUGUGGCUACGCUGUAAACAUUCACCGGGUCAUACAACCUGCAUUAUCUGUUUCUACACCACCGUUCCCUGAAGGUUGUGGGUACUAACUGAGUGCGGCAUAUCGACAGUAAACUGCAUCCACAGCUGUUCUGUCCUCCUCCCCGGAGCAAGAGUCGAGACAAGACCAUGGAGGUGGUAGACUGCUGGAGGAGAUACCCCCCGUAACAGAUACGCAUCCACCCUUUACAUCACUGCAAAAGGCCUUAAACUACCCGAUCAUGUACAUCUCUGCUUUAACAAAACUACCAUUACUAUGUAGUAGUAGUAGUAGUAGUAGUAGUAGUAGUAGUAGUAGUAGUAGUAGUAGUAGUAGUAGUAGUAGUAGUAUGGAGGGGAAUCUCUGUUGUAAGCAUCAUGUUCUAUCUCUGUUUCCAUGUUUUAGUAUCUAACAGUAUCCAACUGCUUCCCAACUCAAGUGUUGUCCAAUUGUUCUUCUCAAGUCGUGAUGGUGUGCAUGAUCCCCAAUAAGCCCAUGCUGUCGUUCCGUGGUGGUCAGAUGGGUUGUUUUACCGUGCGCUUCUCCCACAACGGCAGGAGGCCGGCUGCUGCAUGUGCUGACAGAGAUGCUUUCCCCAUCAUAGUUUGAGAUUCCUUCAGAAAAUGUGUUGGCUGCCUUCAACGGCUACCAGAUCUCUGCUGGUCCAGAGACGACCAGAGUCUGCUGUCUACCUCCUGACGGCACCUCAAAAACACCCUGCCUGGGAAAGAGAGAUGGACCUGAACUCGAUCCUGCCUUCUCCGUCCCUCCUGCCACCACAUUCCAAACUGCAGCUGGUUGGUUCCCUUGGAGCUCAGUUCAUCCCCCAGUCAACCCUCACCUCCCAGAACCCUAGUUUCACCCCAGUGGGCGAGCGUCUAGGAAGAGCUCCAUCUCGCAGGCUACAGACCAAGUUAUCUGAUCAUCUGUCUACAGCCAAUAGAGUAGAAGCAGAUUCUUUGGUACCAGUUCAUCAAACGGUUUUCUCUUUGUAUGACUACAGUGCCCACCGGUCAGAUGAGUUAACUGUACCGUGUGGUGACGCCAUCCGUGUGCUCUACAAAGACAACAGGUGGUUUGGACAUCAUGGAUACCUCCCAGCUACCUAUGUUGUGGAAGAACGGGAUUACAACGAGGAGCUGUCUCGUGCCCUAGAGGCCCAGUCUGCCCUGUCUGAACGGACUGACCUAUCAGUCCCUCUGUCUGAACGGACUGACCAAUCAGAUGAGAGGUUGACGCCUACCAAGGUGUCUGCUACCGUUGUCUCUGGAGAACUCAAGUUCAUUUCUGAGCUGGACACAGACCCUGAGCAGCCUGCUGCCACCAAAGUGAAGAAGAAAACAAAGAAGUUAGUGAAGAAGUUCAAAGCUCCGUCAUCCCCACCAGCCACAUCCUCUGACCCUGAUGUCCCAGAAUCAUCAUCUACCAAGAGGAAAACCAAGGCUGCAGACAGCAAACCACUGACCCCCAGCCCCAGGAGAGGACAGUCCAAUAGCGCCUUCGAGCCUGAUACCUAGACCCAUGGAUCUAUGGUUAAGAGUACACUAACAGUAAAGAGUUUUAACGCUAAAUUCCUCUUUGAACAGAAGAUAACAAGUAUGUUUAUAAGGAAACUAUCCUGUAAAGCUUAAACGUAUUGCUUUUUUCACUAAUAUGUUUUAAAUGAUGUCUGUAUACAGUGCCCUCGGAAAAGUAUUCAGACCCCUUGACUUUUUGCACAUUUUGUUACUUUACAGCCUUAUUCUAAAAUGUAUUAAAUCGUUUAUUUCCCCUCAUGAAUCUACACGCGAUACCCCAUAAUGACUAAGCAAAAACAGGUUUUUAAAAAUGUUUGCUAAUUUAUAAAAAAUAAUCAACUGAAAUAUCACAUUUACAUAAGUAUUCAGACCCUUUACUCAAUACUUU